CACAAGACAUGCCAUACCGAUAGCCUAUCUAGGGUGUUAUCGCAACACCUUUGUUGUUGUCCUCUGUAGAACUAUUAAUGUAAAGUGCCCCCGGUGAUUGCCAGUCUGACACUUUCGACGCAAGCGCCCAAUGAUCUUCGUCACUGGAGUUCUUCGUUGACAGAUGGAGAACGACAGAUGGGGUCCUUGGGAAGAGCAACAAGGCAGCAACGGAUAUCAUGGAAAAUAGGACAUUCCAGACCAGUAGGGUAUACCCGACACACAUUCGACUUUAUUGAGGUCACGACGAUUGCGUCUCUCGGAUAACUUAUUUUUACGCUUGGUAAAUCAUAGCGUGGGUGGGUGGUGGGGGGUCUGGUGGCUCUAUGCGUCUGCGGUCUGUGUGAUUGACCCGCUGAACUUACUUUCACUAGCAGCUCGGGUUCAUCUUUCGCCAAGUUACCAAGCCAUAAGAUCAUGGUGGAUAACCGCUACGCCACGGCCCUGGUCAUCGCGUGCGUCCUCAGCAUCAUCGCCACGGUGUACCUCUCCGUGGCGGUGGGGACGCAGCACUGGUACCAGUACAUCAGCCCGCCCGUGUACGGAGAGGCCAAUGCGACAGAGCUGCACAAUCUCCAGGAGGAGUUCAUGCACGGGGAGUUCGACGAGAAGACCUACAGCGACUCGCUGUUCCGCCUGAACGGGACGGUGGGACUCUGGUGGCGCUGCCUGCAGGUCCCCAUUGAACCCCAGUGGUACAAAGAACCAGAUCCAAAGAUGGUGAUGGACUGCAAGAGUUUCACUCUAACGCAGCAGUUCACGCCCAAGUACAAGGAGCCGGGCAACCACAACAGUGGAGAGGACAUGAUACGCACCUAUCUGUGGAGGUGCCAGUUCCUGCUGCCGCUGGUGUCUCUGGGCCUGGUGGUGCUGGCGGCCAUCGUGGGCUUCGGCGCAUGCCUGUGCCACAGCCUGGCUCCCACGCUCGGCAUCGGAGUGCUCCAUCUGCUGGCCGGCCUAUGUACUCUGGCCACGGUGUGCUGCUACCUGGCGGGUAUGGACCUGCUGCACCGCGUCUCCAUGCUACCGGAGCGGGUGGACGCCUCGCUGGGCUGGUCCCUCUACCUGGCCCUCAUCUCCUCGCCGCUGCACAUGAUGGCCGCCGCCCUGCUGGUGUGGGCCGCGCGCAGCCACAGCCAGAACUACUACCGCAUGACCGCCUACCGGGUCGCCUAGGAGACCGAGGAGGAACAAGGAACAGGUGGCGGAAGA